AUGACGAACACAAGACCUCAUGUGGGCUUCCUUGCAUUGCCUAUAGAGCUUCGGCUCCAGAUUCUGGAAAACGUCAUCGACGACAGACCGAACGCUGGCCUCGUCUACCCUACCGUGUCCGCGACCGCAAAAUCAGAUUUCAACAGAACUUCACAAGGCCUGAUCCUGGACCUCGGCCACUCUUCCGCCGCAAAUUUGAAGAUAUUGUGCGUGUGUCGCCAAUUGCGAGAUGAAUUCACCCAGGCAGCCUUUAGGCGCACUGUCUUCAUCAUUCGGGACCCCUACCAUGUUAAUGCGAAAAUCCUACAACCUCUUCAGCACGUUCAUUUGGAGAAUCUGAGACGAGUCAUGCUGGUCUUCCAAGCAUACCGUCUUAGUCAGUUGACAUCUUGGCGGAGGCCCUUCAAUCGCGAAGAUUUGCACCUGGACAACUUGACGAUUGCGCUUCAAUCAACCACGCAGCACACCGUUGGGCCUAUGAUGUCUGAUGACUACAUCAAACAAAGCACACGCGACGUUGUAGGGCUUCUGCGGCGGUUGGAGCACGUCAAAAGCCUGAAGUUUGUACAAAAUGCAGCCUUCACCAGGCGACGUUUUCAAGCGUGGUAUAACCAGAUAGUUGGACUCGUCUUGAAGGAAGAUCACUACCAACGUUACGAUGCGCCGGAAGCUCCACAUAUUGAAGCGACAUGGUGGGAUUGGCAUUUCGACUCUGCUGAGAAAUCAUUCGAGUUCAUUGCACGCCCAGCCAAGCCAGUUGUUCCUGAACCAGACUACAUGGAGAUGGUGGCUCCGCUCGUUGCGAAACUAAUGAGCGAGAUGGAAGAUGGAUUGUCAUGA